AUGACAACAGAUAAUAAAACGGAUGAUAAUGAUGGUCUUGAAUCAGUUCUUGGAGAUGACGAUGAAUUUCAAGAAGCAGCUUUAUUUGUUCAAAAUAAUCUCUCACUAUUUUCUCGUGACGAUUUACUUUAUUUAUAUGCUCGAUUUAAACAGGUUACUGUUGGUGACGUAAACAUUCCUCGGCCGGGCUAUUUCAGUUUUGAAGCAAAAACAAAAUGGGAUGCAUGGAAUUCUCUAAAAUCCAUGCCGAAAUCUCAGGCAUCGAGCGAGUAUAUCCAAUGUGUGACGGAUAUAAAACAAAAAAAUAAUUUAGAAAAUCAAAAAUCGACAAACGCGGGACCGAGUGUUAGUCGAUUGUUAGUACAAAAUGAAGAACAAGUGUCUAAUAAUGAUGAAAAAACAAUUUAUGAAUUUUGUCAAGAUGGUGACGAAGAAUAUAUUGAACAAAUGCUCAAGAAGAAAUUCGAUGUUAAUAAACCAGAUGAAACGCAAUUAACUUUAUUACAUUGGGCAACUGAUAGAGGCAAUGAAUCCAUGAUACGCCUUUUGGUCAAAUACGGAGCCGAUCUCAAUGUUCGUGAUGAAGAUGGGCAAACUCCAUUAUUUUAUGCUGCUAAUUCAGGUAACAUUCCGUGUUUGAAGCUUUUACUAGAGCUUGGCGCUGAUCGAUCUAUUGCAAGCAAUGAUGGUGAAUUACCGUCGUCUGUGUCGCAAACCGAUGAUGAAAAAGCUGUCUGGGCAGCAUUUCAAUAG